GCCGUGAGGGAGCAGAGCCCUUCCUCCUCCUUCUCCUCUUCCUUCUCCUUCUCCUCCUUUCCCCCCCCACCCACCCUCCCCGCCGCGGGCACCUCCCCCGCCACACGGAGCUGGUCCCGGGUGCAGGGGGGAGAGCAGGGGGCAGGUGAGGAGUCCUAAUGGGAAUUUAAUCAGCCACGGGGCUGUAAUUGCUGCCUUUUUGAACCGAAGGCCUCGUGACUCGGUUACGCGCUGGUGCUUCUAGAAGGGUGCAGGAUUUUUGCUUGUAAACGUUUGCGAAGGAGCAGCGCAGGACGAUGGAAGGAUCCAGCCCCCUUGCACAACUCCAGCAGAGCUCUUGAGUGCGUUUGUCCAGCAGGGUCAGAAAUUCAGAUUAAUCAGCCACUCGAUGGGGAUUAACAGUGGAGCACCUCUUUGUGUCGCCUUUCCACCUCUCUGUAGCAAGAAUAACAACUUCAGCACUUCUUCAAUAAUAAUUAUGAAACUGGUAUUAACUGAAUGGCAAUUAUGGAUUUUUAACUCUAACUCUCAGUAAACCAGCAAGCCAUAUGUUGAAAUUCCUACCAAAUAGCUUUUCGUCCUUGAUGUCUCGUAUCUGUACAAGAAGUUGCAAGAUUCCUGUUUGUACAAGAGGAAUAUAAGCGUUUACUUGCCUGAGGAACAGAAGCUGAAAGAGAAGACACCCUGACUUGUUUGUGGAGUUAUGGUAGUAUUAUUUAUAUAGAUAUAACAAAGAUAUAUAUAUAUAUAUAUUUUUAUGGUAAUGAAAAUGGCUCCCCAGAAUGCUGACUCGGAAUCUAUGCAAGUUCAAGACCUACCUGUGGCACAGCUUCAGAAACCAGAAACCAAGGAGAAUGAAAGCAGAGAGGAGACCAUUAGUGAAGGGUCCAUAGACCGGAUACCGAUCCGCCUGUGGGUGAUGCAUGGUGCAGUCAUGUUUGGCAGGGAAUUUUGUUACGCCAUGGAGACGGCUUUGGUAACGCCUGUUUUGUUACAAAUCGGUCUUCCUGAGCAAUACUACAGCCUCACUUGGUUCCUUAGCCCUAUCCUGGGCUUGAUCUUCACUCCGCUUAUAGGUUCAGCUAGUGACCGCUGCACGCUGAGCUGGGGCCGCCGGCGGCCUUUUAUCCUCGCUCUCUCCAUUGGUGUCCUCUUUGGAGUUGCACUUUUCCUUAAUGGCUCUGUUAUAGGUCUGGCUAUUGGCGACGUCCCGGACAAGCAGCCCAUCGGUAUAGUUCUCACGGUGCUUGGCGUUGUGGUGCUGGACUUCUGCGCCGAUGCAACGGAAGGGCCAAUUCGGGCAUACCUGUUGGAUGUGGUGGACAGUGAAGAACAAGAUAUGGCCCUGAACAUCCAUGCCUUUUCAGCUGGCCUCGGAGGAGCAAUCGGUUAUAUGUUAGGAGGGCUGGACUGGACACAGACCUUCUUGGGUGUUAUUUUUAAAUCUCAAGAGCAAGUCCUUUUCUUCUUCGCAGCCAUUAUUUUCUCAGUCUCCGUUGCUCUCCACCUUUUUAGCAUUGAAGAAGAGCAAUAUAACCCUCAGCAGGACAGGAUUGACGACGAAGGAGACACCCUUUCUAGUGUCAAAUUCAGCGGCAGCCUCCCCCCUCUGAAUCGGCUGAAUGUGAUCAGCGAGGAGGAGCCGUACGGAGCCUCGAUGUUCCACGACGAGGUUCAGUCCGAGCACGAUCUCAGCAUGGAGUUCCUUGAGGUGAACAUUGUGAGGAGUAAGAGCGAUUCCGUGCUGCACAUGCCCGACGCCACUUUGGAAAUAGAAUCAGAGCUGCUCUUCCUGCAUGACAUCGAACCCUCCAUUUUUCAGGACGCUUCGUAUCCAAACACCCCCCACAACACCAGCCAAGAGAUGAUGAAGUCCAAACUGAACCACCUCUCUCCUUUCCUCAGGGACAACGAGAAGGAGGAGGAAAUGUUGCUUGAUAAUCGCUUAAAUGAAGACAAAGUCCCAAACGUGAACGGCUCCCUGCGAAAAGAGUUCCUCAACGGCCACGCUCGAAUAGGCAUGAAGCAGUCCAGCACUUCCAACUCCAUGCGGAGGCGGAGGCACAUGUUCUACCGGCAGCCCUCCUACACCUUCUCCUACUACGGCAAAAUCGGCUCUCACCGCUAUCGCUUCCGUCGAGCCAACGCCAUCGUCUUGAUAAAGUCCUCGCGCAGCAUGAACGACAUCUACGACAUGCAGAAGCGGCAGCGGCAGAGGUACCGGCACAGGAACCAGAGCGGCACGACAAACUCAAGCGGAGACACCGAGAGCGAGGAGGGGGAAACUGAAACCACUGUCAGGCUCUUGUGGUUGUCGAUGCUGAAGAUGCCAAAGGAGCUGCUGAGACUGUGCGUUUGUCACCUCUUAACGUGGUUCUCGAUCAUCGCUGAAGCUGUGUUCUACACGGAUUUCAUGGGCCAGGUCAUCUUUCAGGGCGAUCCAAAGGCCCCUUCCAAUUCAACGGAGUUACAUGCCUACAACGCGGGAGUUCAGAUGGGGUGCUGGGGACUGGUGAUUUAUGCUGCUACUGCUGCCGUUUGUUCAGCCUUGUUGCAGAAAUACUUGGACAACUACGACCUUAGCAUAAAGGUGAUCUACAUCCUGGGCACACUGGGUUUUUCUCUUGGCACUGCAGUGAUGGCUAUGUUCCCCAACGUGUACGUCACCAUGAUAAUGAUCAGCACGAUGGGAAUAGUCUCCAUGAGUAUCUCCUACUGCCCCUACGCGCUUCUGGGACAAUACCAUGAUAUUAAAGAGUACAUUCACCACAGCCCUGGGAACUCCAAGCGAGGAUUUGGCAUAGACUGUGCUAUUCUGUCGUGUCAGGUUUACAUCUCCCAGAUCCUCGUGGCCUCCGCCCUUGGCGGCGUGGUGGAUGUGGUUGGCACGGUCAGAGUCAUUCCCAUGGUGGCUUCGGUGGGAUCCUUCCUGGGGUUUUUGACAGCCACCUUCUUGGUGAUAUACCCCGAAGUCAACGAAGAGCCGAAGGAAGAGCAGAAAGGACUGGGUCCUCCAGAGACCACCGAGGGCAGCAGCACGAGCGCGGAGAAGCCGACCGUACUGAAGCUCACGCGCAAGGGCACUGCCGCGUCGGAGCUGGAGAGCGAGUCAGCCGUGUGAGGCCGCCGCUUGUUCACCACAUUCCAGGGAGUGCAGGUGCAGGAUCAAGAACUCUUUCUUUCUUUUUUUUUUUCUUUUUUCCAGGAAAACAAAUUAGGAUCUUCACUACUUGUAGCUAAAGUUGCAGAAGAAAAGGCAGUUUCAUGCAAAAAUGUAAAUGAAAUUCUGUAGUCCUUAAUAUAGGUUUGAACAGGUAGCUAUGAUGCUAAUUGCUUUCUCUACAACUUAGAAAUGUCAUUUCUGAACACUUUUUUAUUGCGAAUACAUUUAGGUUUCAAAUAAGUUUUAUUAAUCUGCAUGAGACUCACAGUGUAUGCGAUUAGCAGUUAGAAAAAUUAAGUUUUCGGCUGUUUUUAAACUAACUGAAAAUGGAAGCUAUCUCGACUUAUAGUCUCUUGCCUUUUUUUGUCUGAACAUUUCAGAUUUCACUAGUGCAGUAGCUGAAUCAAACGCUUAGACACCUUGAUCAGUUUUUUUCAGGAGCGUAUUAUUGGUCUGACAGCUACAGUUCUUUAACAUUAAUUUUAGAUUUCAUAUUUUCGUUAGUGCAAUUACUACAGAAUAGUUUUAUUUUCAAGAAGAAAAGAAAAAAAGCAAUUGCUGCGGUUUCUAAGAAACUGCUGUGAGUCCUUUUAGUCAUGCUGUUCAACAACUACUCCCACGUCUGCUGCUUGUCCCAGGCGGGUGGCGUUGGGUGCGUGAUGUGAACCAUAGCGGCUGGGAGAGGUGGUCGGCACUCGCAGGCUUUUGUCACGAGUGCUGAGCUUUGUGAAUGUCAUUGGAAUACGCUGUGACAAUUUCUUGCUGGGAGUUUCGUGUGCCGGUGAGCUCUGGGGUGUUCUUGGCGUUUAAAGCUGAUCGUCUCUGGAUGAAGCUGCCGUGGGGGAGGGUGUCUCUGGGGUCAGCUUCGUGGGAUGGGGCGUGCGAAUUCUCACUCGUGGGGAAAGGAAAGCUGUUGCUUAAUUGCACUUCUUCCGAUCCUUUAACCUCCCGGCUGGGAACGCAGCAGCCGGGGUAAGGGCACAGCGUCAGUACAACAACGAAGGCCUACCUCUGUAACUUUAUGGCAUAGUCUGGUUGUGUAAAAAUCUGUGUCAGAAACAGUUUUUAGGCCUUAAAAUCCAAUCCACUAGCAUGUGUUGCUGUUCCAGUCCGUGUGUCGGAGGACUCGUAGGCUGGAGCUCUCCCGAGCUGCUGUACCAAUUCCGUCAGCGCAACCUCCGUGCCCCCUUCCUUGAUUCAGGACGUAGCUGCAGUGCAAAGACAUUUGCUGUGAAGAGCUUAAAAGAGUUGUGCUAAUCCGAUUUAAAAUCUGAUUUGGAUCGCUGGCAGUUCCCCAGUCCAUGGGCAGACAAAGCUCAGAGAUCCGGCAGCCAUUUAAAGCAACUUCAGAACCCGAACUUCCACCUGUCGUCUCCUGAGAAGUGUUUGUGAUGCUAUUUACCCAUUUUCGCAUGGACCUACGGGCUGCAGUCAAUCCGUGUGCUAAACAGACAAAUCACACAGCUCAUCGUAAGAUUCCUGCUGCCUCAAACUUCUUAUACUACAGUACUUUAAAAAUGCAUGUGGAAAUCAUGCUGCAAUAUAGUCAGUCAAAAGAAAAAAAGUAUAUAUUUCCAAAUGAAAAGCAGUUUUUAAUAAAUUACUUGAAUUGUCGAUGUAUUUAAGAAAUGGAUGUUUUGGUAUAUUUGAAGUCGACGUGCAGUCUUGGCUGGCAUCACUGACGAAUUCCCGGUGGCAUACGGUGUGGCUUUCAGCUGAAGGCUUUCGGUCGGUGCCGACGUCCUUAUGCUGUCAAGGGUGACGAUGUCGUUUUCAGGCUGGCGAAAUUGCCGAGCACUAAGUACAUGUAAUCGCACAGGACUUCUAUUUUUUUUCAAAUGUCUCAAAAAAAGUCUUUUUUUUUUCUUUAAGGUGUUUUUUUUUUUGUUUUUUUUUUUUUUAUUUAGAACACAUACUGUGAACUGUGUUCGGACAGGGGAAUAGUACUACUGAAAAAUACGAGACCUUACUGAAGAAAUCAGUUGUGAGAAACACUUUAACUGAACUUCUGCCGUGAAUUUUAUCAUCUCAAUUACAUUUAAUAUAUUCUGGUGAUAUUCCUAUAUAACAGAGAUGCGUGUUGUAUUUCACCCUAUAACUGGCAUUCAUGUAAAAUACAAACUGAGUUAGACGUUUUAAAGUGGCUUUAAUAUUUUAUUUUUAAAACUUCUUGAAGAUUCUGCUUUUGGUUCAGUGAACACUGUCGAGUACUCCUUAUUUCAGUCUCUAUUUCUCAGAAGGUUCUUCUACACUUUGAAAACCUGCAUCUUCUGGUCAGUGCCAGCCUUACCCCGUUUCCCCGCCAGUCAUGGUUUCGGUGAUUGUGAAUGUAGCUUCAGCCCGGCGUUGCUCCACGCAGCACCUUUGUAAGCCAAGAUUUCUUUCACAGCGCGGCCGAGCUCACCGAGGUCCAACAGGGAGAUGCUGAAGCUCCCUCUCGCUGCACGUCCUGCAGAGGGAACGCAAAACAGUUUUGGGGGGGGAGGUCACGCGCUUUUAUUUAGCUUUCUCAGUCGGGGCAAGCAGUGAGGAGGGAGAACGACAUUUCCAGCCCAGGGGGGUUCAGUCGCAGGCAGAGCAGGGCCGGUUUGUCCCAGCCAGCGUUUUGCUGAGCCUCGUUUCAAAGAAUUGGACGUUAAAAGGCAGAUUUGGGAUUGUUUAUGGGGUUCUUUAAUUACCGUUCACAACGCAUAAAUACGCACACCGCUUUGUAGCAGGAAGCUCUAUUUCACUGCCCUCUAAAGCCAAAGGAAAUAAUUAUCCAUUGUAAACAGGCUGAAGUAUUUGUAGUAUUGCCAGAAGAAUUAACUGGGGGCAGCCCCUGCCAAAGUAUCUCCUUCUGUACCUCGGCCAGCCCGUGAAACCACCGCGCUGACUUCCAGCACGCUCGCCAGCGAUGGUUUCUGACGUCUUUCAGAGUAAUGCUUUUUCUGGAAUUUAUGAGAGUUUUCUUCCUAGCCCCGGCACUGCUCAGGGUAGAGUGGGCACUCGUUUGUGUCUAGUUGUGUCCCUUACCUUUAUUUUGAUACAGAAAAGAUGGGUUUUGUCACAAUUAAAGGUAAACUAGUAUGAUUUUAUGUCUUUAUUGCAGAAGAGAGAGUUGAGGGGUCUUUUUUUUAAUUCCUGGUGAUAGUAAGUGUCAUUUUUUGUUUGCGGGUAGUACUGUACGAGCUCAUCCCGCGUGCUCUGUGUCUUAGGACCUUCAUGCAGUCGUCUGAGGUGCAGUGUUUUCCUUCCGAGUUGCUCUAUACUGUAAACAAUUGCAAUGGAUUUUGCUGCAGUCUUUCUGACCUGUAACACCUCUGCAUCAGGCACCGUUAGCUCUCAGUUUCUCGAGUGUUUCGUGAGGACUUUGUGGUCGGUGAGCUGCACGGGUAGGAAUAUCUACGGGGAGGCAGAGAAGCUCAAACCGAUCCGCUCAGCAAGGCGUAGCAAGGGUUUUGCACCGCUGGGUUAUCGCAAGAGUCCAGUCGGGUCUGAACUGUUUGCGGCUGGCAAUUUGAGAUUCCAGAAGCAAUAAUUUCUUCGGAAUGUUUCCCUUCCUGCUGGUUAGAUGACGUUCAUAGAGAUUUAUUACCUACAUAGCCUUUUCAGAACACGACUCUGGUCGUUUGCGAGCGCUGGCAAUAAGCAGUCACGGAAAGAUGUGGGUUGUUCAUCAUCAGGAGGGAGGAAGCCAGUAAAUCCAGCAGAGGUUAGCGCUCCCUGAAACACGCGGUGUCCUUUUCCCCUUGCCUCGGGAGCCCAAGGCGACGCCGGUUCAGUCUCUGCGACGAAUUCUAGUUCGAUCCCCGAGAGGUUUUUUUUUAGGUGCGUGCGUGCGUGCGUGUGUCGGUGUUGUGUGUACCUGCAUAUACACACCGGUCGGGCCAAAAUACCGUGGGUGGUUGUGCUCUUCGUCUCUGUACUCAGCAAGGUUUUCAGCUGAGUUCUUCCAGGUUUUCCCUCGUCCUUGCCUGCUGCGCGACGAGCUCAGCUGUACGUAUAUAUCUUAUUUAAAUCACUAAGUAAACUCCUGCAUGAUAUUCCAAGCACAUGUAGCAGCUUCGGCAUCUGAAGUAUCUGUUGUAAAAGAGAAGUUGGUUUUCUUUGCAGCUGUUUUGUCCUCGUUUCCUUUUCAUAGGCCAAAUAAAUGUUAAUGAACACCAAAUGUUGCACAGAAAUGUUGUUAAUGACUGUGUAGAAGAAAUACCAAAUUUUAUUUUUCUUUGCAGAAACUUUUAUGGUUACAGAGAGUCCUCUAGCUGUUAUUCUUAAACGACAAAGCUGAACGUUUGUAAAGCGCGUUGAAAGUGGUCAUUUUAACCAGGGGAGCUACCCAAAGUUUUCUGUUUCUCAUGUUGCAUCCAGAACAAGCGCUGCGCAGAGGCGAGCUGCAGCAGCUCAGCUGCCAGCCGCCGUUUUGUUUCGGAGCUCAGCAGCCUGGCCAGUUAGAAAUGGUGUUAGAUAAUAACCAAGGGGCUCAGGCUUUCAGCCUCGCACAGGGAAACACGGGCACUCUGACGUUGACUGAAAUUACGGCAGUUUACUGGCAAAUAUUUCCCCCCCAAAAAAAGAGAGUAUUUUCAAAUUUCUUCUCAAAUUCAAAUUUCUUCUCAAACCACAAGGCUUUUGGUGCGGUUGUGACCUGCUAAAGCUUUACGGAAAAGCCAGGACACGGGUUCCCUUCGGCAUGCUCUGCCACGUUGUUCUGAAAUUUCAGAAGUUUCAGAAAUUUCGGCGUUGUGGGUGGAGCUCUAGGAGCGUUGCCUUGCUCAGCCAGGCAUCGCCUGCACCUAUUCAAUCCUCAGCGAUAGCCAAAUUGUAGUAAAUAGCCCCAAAACCAGGAAGACUUCUCUCUUACCGCAUUGGCAGUUCCCGAUGAUUAUUUUCUUUCUGAUGUAACAUGAACACUAAGCCCUUUUGGUAGCCAAAUGACCAGCUUCUUUUAAAUGCCUCAUAUUAAUAGAAAGCUGCAUAUAGGCAUCUCAUAGCGGAAAAAAAUAAAAAGAGAAUAUUUAGUUCCUUUGUGAACUGGCCAUAUGACAACUACUUUUUUAUCAACUUAUUAAGUUGGGGCACUAUAAUAGCUCUUGCUGAGUUUAGCAAUGUUUAUAAGCAUGUGUUAAACACAUAAUGUUAAGUUUUAUGAGGAAAAAGGGAUAAAGAAAAGUAAUGUCACAGAUGAAUGUUUGAGUGCAUAGACGGCAUAACGUAUGUAUGUUUUUUAUUUCUACACUGUUGAGCUUACUUUCUGUUUUAAGGUCAAAAAACAAAAAGAUUUGUUGCAUGAGAACUGUUUUAUUGUGUUCUGCACUUUCUGUUCUUUUUGUAUAAUCUCAAUUUUUUUUCAUUUACGCAUAGAAAACAAAAAAAAAAUCAAUUUAGAGAUAUUCUACUUCACAAGACGUUGUGUUCCAAUCCGUUGUUCUGAAGUUCGAUCUUAAUAAACAUUUCAGUAAGAGUU